CAACACACAAAAUCAGAAUAUUAUUUAUUUUUAUUUUUUAUUUAUUUCCUAUUCUAAUGAAUAAUAUUUUAUCAAAAAACAAUACUAUUAUUAUUAUUUAAAAGACAUAUAUACCCUUUUCAUUCUCUUAUUAUUAUACAAGAUGGCAUCCAUAGUAGACACUAAUAUUAAUAACAACAAAGAAUGUUGCUUUAUUCCUGGGCUUCAACUUAUGUCCCUUACCCCUGAAGAGGAUAAUUAUGAUUAUAACACUGAAAUCGAAUGCGAUACAGUAACAGCAAAUUGGAUGGAAGAUAGUGAAUGUCAAGAGAAUCUUGCCACUAUUUUGCCCUUAAAUCCUGAAGAAUGUAUAGUGGACAAAGACAAUCAUAUCCAAAACAUAGAUGGCAUUCAUCUCUUUUUUGAAGAAUUAGGCUAUUUAACUGAGGAGCCCGAGCCUAUUGAUCCAACUUGUGAUUAUGAAGCAGAGGCAAAGAUUUUAAUCGAAGAACGCAACAAGACUCAUAAACGACAUAUUGAUUUGUCACCUAUGCCUUCUCUCGACGAUACCAUCACCUCUGGCAUUUCCUCAACUUCUUCAUCUCUUCAUCAAGAUGAGCACAUCCCUACUUUAAAUAGUAUACGCUCUCCUCUUUAUAUAGGUAGUUGUUUUGGAAAUCAUUCAUAUCAACCUUCUAAAAUGACAGCUUAUACCUAUGCUCCUCAUGCUUUAAAUUCAUUACAUACUACUCCUAUUUAAUUUCUUUUCCUUUUUUUUUUUUUUUUUUUUUU